CCAGGUCUAGUCUGGCUGUUCCGGAGCACAGUGUGUGUGUCUGUGGGAGUCCACCAUGAGGGACUACUCAGGCCCUGCCAGCCACGGAGGCUCUUGUGUGGCCUGCUGCCAAGUUUGUGUCUUCUUCUUCACUGCAGUCCUUAUUGUCGCGGAGAGGGCAGCGCUGAUUUACUGCUUUGUGUACUAUCUAUGGGUGGGUCACAACUACUGCUAUGCCCAUCUGGCUGGAUUCACCGCACUCUUCUUGCUACCAGGUUGGGGUCCACAGUGGCUCAGCUACUUGUGGUACCUCUCAGAUGGAAAGAUCCGCAGAAAGUCUCUCACCUGGACUCACGUACUGCACUUGGGUAUUUUCAAAAGGUUGUGGGAGUGCAUGCAUCUUUCAGACAUGGACGUGUAUGGCGAGAUCAUGCAGCAGGCCGACGUGUCUGCCUUGCGCCUGUUGGAGGCCUUGGUGGUCACUCUCCCCGAAACACUGCUCCAUACCUACGUGCUCAUCUGCACUGAUAUAGGCAUCAAAUCACCAGCAUCAGUGUGUUUUGCCGUGUGUUUGUUAUCUCUGGCCUGGGCGUUGGUUCUGUACGCCCGGGCAUGUCAUCUCAUCAGACCAGGACACCUGCAAAUGACCCCUGCGUCCAUCUUUUGUCGACUCCUGUGGAGGGUCAGUAUGUUGGGGUCUCGAUUCGGCGUACUCAUGCUUUUCACACGGGUCUUCAAACAGUGGAUUCUUGGCGUUAUAGGUGUGCACUGGUUGGGGACAACAUUUUGGAUGGUUUCUCAGCAGACUGACAUCAUCCGUUCAACUAGUCGAUGGAGACUCUUCAAUCUGAUUCUUGGAGCCAUUCAUAUAUUCUUUUUCCUCAACGUGAAGUACGGCCCGUCACGCUUCCGAAUGGCUGGCUUCUAUCUGGUAAUGUUUUUAGAGAACAUUUUCCUCCUGCUGGCCUCGUCCUGGUUGUUCAGCAUGGUGUCGUGGGAUACGGUGGCCAUCCCAGCCGCGGUCCUCUGCAGCUUCCUUAUCGGUGUAAUCUCGUUGGUGCUAUACUAUCGCUUCCUCCACCCCAAAUCCUUUGAGAUCUUCCAGAGCAUUCGCCGUCGGGGGAUCAGCGGCGCCUGCAUGGAGACUGGAUCCAUACUUUCGUUGGAGGAGAAAGUCACUCCUACUUUCCAUCGCCAUGCAACACUGUCUGGAGGCGGAACCCUUAUGGAGCUCCCGCUCCAGUGGGAGGGCUGGAGGCAUCAUCACUGGCUGCUGAUUCGAUUGGCUUUGAAGACGGGGGACGUGCCCAAGAUCUGGUCGCUCUACGGAGAAGGCGGUCUGGCUGGACUCAUGGGUCUGUGUGAAGAGAUUCACUAUGGCAAUGAACCUCGUCGUGUACCGCAGGAUCCACGUGUCCCACCUCAGGUUCCUCAGAAGCUACAACCAGCUCCUCAACCACCCCCACCUCAGGUGAUCCCAGCUCCACAGGAGAGAGAGGUGGCACCGCCACCAAAGCCAACUCUUACCAAUGUCAUAGCCAGACCUGUGAGAAAAGCUCCUCCCACAACCAUCCACGAUAUUAAACUGGUUCCAGAGAUCAUCCCAGUGCACGAGGCCAUUCUUGAAGAGGUCACAGAGGAUUUCAGUGCUCCACACUCAGAGGAUAGAGGUGAGGAAGAGUUUCAAAGUGCGAUUUAUGGCUCACCUACCCUUUCGUCACCUCCCCCACCCGGAAGCCUGCGCCACAUCGACAGUAAUGCUGGCACCUUGACCGAGAAGUCGUCCUCAGCCGCUUCUCUGGAUAUCAAGACCCCCGGCUGGUCACCCGAACGUCGCUCCCCUCUCCUUAUCAGCUCCCCAGAGAAGAAAGCAUCCACACCGUUAGAUCCAAACCUUACCUCGUAUUUUUGUGUAGAUGCACCCUCUCCCUCCACUGGAAGCUACCUGGGCUGGGGAUCUGAGCUGUCCCCCAUCUCCACCUACCGAAGCCCCUACCGCAUCAGGGAGGCUCGUUUCGUCCCAUCUCCCCCGCGUCCGGAAUCUCGAGCUGGGACAGUGAGUCCAAGUCUGGCCCCGGUUGUUAUCAUCCCUGCUACGCCCGGCACGACUCCACGCGCGACCCCGAGUGGGACCCCUGGUUCCAUUACACCCGCGGCCUCCACGCCCACCGCCUCCACGCCUGCUGCGUCCACUCCAGGUGCUGCAACCCCUGCGAGUGCUACUACACCCAGCACCCCGAUUGUGCCACUCACACCGGUCAUCUCCCACGCCAGAAAACAAAUGGUCCAGUUGGUGGACAGCAGAGAGAGGGCGGUGUAAGAUGAAAUCAUAAACAUUCACUGACCAUUAGGUACACCUGCAAUGGAUGUUUCACAAAUUCUAGUAUUUUGGUAACCUUAUUUGUACAUUAUUUAUAUAUUAUUAUUAGUUUUUUUACCUGCUUGGCAUGUUUCAGCCACUUCCUGUCGCCUUCCUUGGAAGCAUCAAAACAUGUUAAGCAGGUAAACAAACUCGCCUCUCUCUUACUAAAAGAAAGUAUAUAAGUAAUUUAUCAAGUGAAGAAAGUAUGAACAUUCACCAAAGACCUAGUAGUUUGUGACUCAUGGACCUCUUCGUUGUUAAAUCUGGCCCACUGAGAUGAUCAAAAUCCCUGUAAUAUUUGUUCCAUCAAUUUAGCCCUUGUCACCUAAAAUUAAUUACAUAAUGUUUUUAUUUAAUCACUUCAUUAAAUAAAUGGUAAAAUGAUUCGUUAUAAAUAAUACCAUUCAGAAUUGUAUGAAAUAAUUUUACACAAAGGUUUACCGACCCCUGCUUAACACUAUGGUGGAGGUGUACCUAAUGUAGUGACUGCACAGGAUUUUGUGAUGGAAAAAAAACACUAUUUGAAGCAUGCCUUCUGCCUGCUCAUUACUUGUACACAGAAAAUGUGCAGACAGUUUCUUUUAACUGGUAGGCUUAAUCAAAAUUUCCCUACAAGUCUUCAAACGAACUGAAACAGAACAACACGUUUAUUUUUCCGAUCAAAAAUACCAAGUGGAAGAUCUCCCUGCUGAUAAAAUCGUAUUUACGCUUUCAAGGAGGUUACCAAAAAAUAAAUAAACUCAUUUGCAUUAUGGUGACAUUUGAGAUUUGUUUUCUCGAAGUAAGAAAUCAGUUUACAUGAAAUGCUGUCUUACAUGGUGCAGCCUCUUUUCUAAACCUCGUGGCUUCUUGUGAAUUCUUACAAAGCAAUACCGACAAGUUUGUUUUUAUUGAUUUAGGAAAACAUAUUUAUCAGAUUUCAUAUUUAAAUUUUAAUUGAUCAUUAGAGUAUACUUUUAAUCACUAGAGUAGCAGUUUUAGUUGUUCUGUGUGGAGGAAAGUGAGCCUCCUGUCAGAGAACAGGAAAUAGUUGGGGUUUUGCUUCCUUGUUUUUGUCUUUCCUCAGAACCUCUUUUUAAGCAGAAACUAAUAAUGUAUUCAGUUGACACUUUCAACAUCUAACGGAUAUUAACACUAGCACAUUUUUUAUUUGAAUCAGCCUUUCAGAACAAUCAACAACACGAAAUAAACCGAGCCUGGGGGUCAGCUAAAUAUCAACAAGCGCACGGUAAAAUGAGUACAAAAAUAAAAUAAAAACAGCAGUUAACUUAGCAGUGCUUUAAAUACUUUCUUUAUUUUUUGUCAAGCUACUGCAUAUGCACCUAAGACAUUGGAAACUAGCUUGGUGCAUUUCGUUGGGACCAUGUGAUGAGGAAGAUUUAGCAGUACAGAACAGAUGUGAGUCCUGCCAAUCAUGUUUUAUUUGAACAAUCUGCUCUGUUCUGCUGUCAUUUGAAAGAGGUCACAAGUGAACUUCUCUUUUGAGUACAUACACUGGAAGGUUAAUCAAACAAAUCCAGAGAAGUGAUAUCUAACUAUGAAGAAUAUCUGCAUGAGGAGCACAUGCACCCGCUGCACACACAGUAGUCGACAUUACACAUGCUUGGAUGUGAACGCCACAGCAAUAAACCAGCUAAUAAUAAUAAUUCAUUAAAUUUGUAUAGCGCUUUUCAAAAACCCAAAGACGCUUAAUGACAUGUAUCUUUGUGCACUAAAAGAAAAUAUACACGCUUUAGACUGCAGAAUUAUUUUCAUGAAUCGGUGCUUUUCUGCAAACAUGACUGUUUGUGUGUGUUUGCAUUGCCUCCUAGUAGCCUAAAAUGCAUUGCUUUGAAGUUACACUUUUUUUGUCUAGAAUUUUUUUUUGUUUUUUUACAUAUAUGAGAUGAGUGGACAUAUGUGGUACACUAUUUGGACGUUUUUGUCCUUUACUCUUAUCAAUAGACACCCAUCUUGACUGAGAUUUCCCACUGCUGCUGUGGUUGAUGGUGACACUAACUGUGCUAUUGUGACAAAAUAAAGUCAUUUAACCUUGA